AUGACCAACAUCGGCAAGGCCUGCGAGGCCUGCCGGGUCCGGAAAACGAGAUGUGACGGCAAAGAACCUUGUGCCCGAUGUCUCAACCGGAGCGUGUCGUGCGUCUAUCGGGUCCGGACCAGGAACCGGCCUCGCAAGUCUCAGACGCCGGCAGCCGGUGCAGUCUCGUCGUCCGGGGCUAGUAAUGCGGACGAGACUCCGGCUCCGAUCAAUGUGACCCCGGAGAGUCGGGACAAGCCAAAGGACGACAACAGCUGGGGCUUCCACGUCCACAGCGUGGCGGCCAUCACCACUUCGCCGUCGUCCAUCAUUCAGCUGCACUAUGGGCCCUCGUCCAACUUCUCCAUGCUUCACUCCAUCUACAGACUCAUCACGGGCAUCCAGACUCCGCUGACACGGCGAGAAGAGGUGGCCCAGGUCGGCCCUGGACUCGACCUGUUCCAGAACCGACAGCUCUUCUUUGGUGAUCUAGCUGAUGGCAAGUCAACGACGGUGGCUAACGACUACUCCGCCAUGUUCCUGGAUAGGGAGCUGUGCAACCGUGUGCUGGAGCGGUACUUGGCGACGUUCUGGCAUCUGUUACCUAUCCUGACCAAGGAGGAUUUCCGUCGCCGUGCGGAGCUUCUGUACUCUUCGCCGGGUCUGUUCUCCUUCGACUCUCCCGAUGUUGUCGUCGUGAUGCUGGCAAUGGCCAUUGGCGCAUCCAUCCUCGAAGAAGAAACUUUGGCCCAGUUCCUGUUUCAACGGGCAUCACAAGGAGCCGACAAGUUGGACGAGCUGGUCAACAUCCAGGCGAUUCACAUUCCAUUGUUGCAGGCCCAGUUCCAACUCGAGAGGUCGAGGCCACACUCUGCGUUUCUAUACGUCGGCGUGGCGUCAAGGAAAGCCGUUGCAGCUGGUCUGCAUAGGGGGAUCAGCAUUCGAGGGCAGAUGCGAGAUUGCUUGCAGCGCCGGUUGACCUUUUGGAGUCUCUUUAUUAUGGAAACUUGGGUUUGCUUCUGCCUCGGACGCCCGACCUCCAUAUCAGACCCGGGCUGCGGAGUCCCCGUGCCGGCGGAGGAAAAGUUCAUCUUGGCGCUUGUUCGGCUGGCGAGACUCGUCUCAAAGUGUGCGGCGCGCAUCUAUAACCAGCAUCACGAGUCGUUACUACACAUGUGGAACGCGGCAACGGAGCUUCGCCACGAGCUGCAGGCCUAUGCGGAGGAGCAGCUGUUUGAUGUCCACCUCGACAUCCAGGGAGAGCCGGGGACAGGAGAAUGCGGAUUCUGCAAGACCAUCAUCGCCUCAAUGUAUCACCACGUUCAGCUGUUAAUGUUCCGCCCAUUCCUCGUCCUCAGGGGCAAACUCAGGACUCCCGCGCCGCAGGUAGGAGCCGAGUCAUGCGACAAGCUCAGGGAGCUUACAUGGCUUGACACCGCAUGCGAGUAUUGCGUUGAGCCAGCCCGCCAGAUCAUCAAGUACAUCAACAAGUCGUGCGAGAUCAACCACCUCUGCAAGGAGGUCAAAUACUUCUCAUUCUUCCUCGAGGGCGCCUGUUACGUCCUGGGCUUCGACAUGCUCCAGGACAAGAGCAAAGUGGAAACUCACUUGCCGUGGCUUCACGUUGCCCUCGACUGUCUGUCCAGCAUGACUCCCACCAACGAGGCAUCCCCAUCACAAACCCAGAUCCUCAUCAAGGCCAUCAACCGCAUCAUCUGCACCGUCGUCCCGUGUUCCAACCCCUGCCGCGGAGUUGAGAGCCUCUGCGGAACCCCCCAAUGCGCAGCCGCCGAGGCCGGUCUACCGAUGCACCCCAACAAUCUGAUGACGCCCUCCGACACCUCCGGCUCCGGAUACCCGCCGUCUGUGCCGUCCAUGUCUCUGACUUAUUACGCUCCGAACAGCGGACGCUCGUCUGCCGUGCCGUUUCAGCAGGCCGAGGGCCAGACAGCCGCGAUGAGCAUCCCGGGGGCUGAGGAUCCGGAUUUCGACUGGAGAAUGUUUGACGUGGAGACGCUCAUGUCGAUUGAUCCGUUUGAGUUUAUCUUGAAUGCAAAGAUGAAUGAAGAUGGGCAGACAGUGUCGUAA